AUGGGCAAAUAUUCAAGUGAUUCAGAAACUGAUAAAAGAGGAGGCAAAAGCUAUUCUAGUAGGAAUAAAAGAAGAUCGACAUCUUCUAGUUCCGACAGUUCAAAAAGUAAAUAUAGAAGAGAUAAAAAAUAUAAAAGAAGAUCGCGAAGUAAAAGUAGAGAUAAAUAUUCCAGAUCAAGGAGAUCUAGAAGCAGUAGUGUUUCUACGUACCAUUCAUCGACAAAAUCAAAAUACUGUCGAUCCAGUUCCAAAGAAAAAUCCAAAUACAAAAAAUCGCCAUCUAGGGAGAAAAGACGUUCACACUCUAGAGAUCGCUUUAGAUCUCGAAGAUCAAGAUCUAAAUCAUACAUACGAGAAUACGCUUCAAAGCCGAAAAAUCGUUCGGAUAGUUCAGAAUCCAGCUCAUCAGAGUCAAAUCAGUCGAAUCCCAAAAAUAUAAUAACACGAGAUAAAAAAAAGACGCACACUGACAGUAGUGGUUUGCCUUUAAAACAAAGUAAAAAUUUUGAUUAUCUACCUAAUUGCACAAUAACUGAUAAUAAAGUAAUUGCCGAAAUAAAUGAAGACAAGUUUGCACCCAAAAAGUUUAUAAGCAGUGGUAAAUCCAAGAAGGAUGAAAAAAUUGUUAUUGACUUGAAAAAACAAACUAUUAAAAUACCUAAAGUGGAACCAAUAGAACCUGAUAGCAUAUUCCAUCAUAAUCUUUUUUUGAACGAAGAAUCACGUAUGGAUAAAUGGGUUAAAGAAUUAUAUUCAUAUAGACAAAAAUCCCUGCAGCAAGGGCAAAAAAACUGCAAACAUUUA